AUGUCUACUCAUACAAUGUUGCUGAAGGACAAACCAAUCUCAAAGCUAUGGGAAUUAGAUGUCAUUGGAAUUGAAGAUCCGAAUUCAAGGAAGAACAAGAUUGAAGAAGAAGUUGAAGCUACAGAGUUUUUCAACAAAUCUGUUCAGAUCAAUGAUGACGGACGUUAUGAGGUGCCUUUACUUUGGAGAGAAGGCCAUCCACCCUUGCCGACCAAUGUCAACAUAGCGGUCAAGAGACUUGAAUCGACAGUGAAAAAACUCCAGGAAAAGAAAACAUAUGAUGUUUAUGAUGCCGCGUUCAAAGAAUGGGAACAAGAAGGUAUAAUUGAAGAAGUCCCAUACACCGCUGACUUUGGUAAGUUGGGACAUUAUUUGCCUCAUCAUCCCGUCUACAAGGAAAACAGUACAACAAAGGUAAGACCUGUCUUUGAUGCAUCCGCUAAGGAGUAUAACAACCUUCAUUGA